AUGAAUAACUUAUUUAUGUUACGUCGUAUUUUACCUUUAUAUCACAACAGAUCUAAAAUAUCGUUGACCUUAUUGUCAUCAUCAUCAUCAUCAUCAUCAAAAGCAAUUUAUUCAAGAAUGAAAGGACUUAUAGAUUCAAAACAAUAUGAAAAAGCUUUAUCUAUUUUUGAUCAAGAAUCUCAUUUAUGUAAAGAUAUUGAAAUUAAUAUGGCAUUAAAAGCAUGUAUUAAUUUAAAGGAUUAUCAACGUGGUAUGAAUAUACAGAAAAAACUUUCUCAAAAUUCACUUGAGAAUCCUUAUAUUCAAACAACACUUAUUCAAUUCUACAUGCAAUUUGAUGAUACCAAUAAUGCUUCUCGUUUAUUCUCUGCAAUUACUAACAAAUCAAAUUACAUUUAUGUAGCCAUGUUUAAAGGUCUUAUUUCAAAUAACAUGUCAAUAACGGUGCUCGAUUUAUUCGAUGAAAUAAAGAUUCAACCUAAUGAAGCUACUCUCGCCCUUGUAUUUCGAGCUUGCACUCGAGCUAUUAAUGAUCGAGCAAUGAAAACUGGAAGAAAUAUUCUUAAUCAAAUGCCUAAAACUUUUCUGAACGAUAAUAUUCUACUUACUUCAGCAAUAAAUAUGUUAAUGAAAUUUGGUGAUGUUCAACGUGCUGAAGAUCUGUUUAAAAUAAUUAAGAAAAAAGAUAUUAUUACCUAUGGUGCUAUGAUGAAAGGUUAUGUUGAAAAUAGCAUGUCUGACAAAGCCUUGGAUUUAUUCGAGCAAAUCUCUUUAAAUCUUGAUAGUGUAAUUUAUACGAUUAUUUUCAAUGCAUGUGCUCAACUUCAUAACGAUCGAGCAAUAAAAAUUGGAAAAAAACUUCUCGAUGAAAUGCCUAAUAAUUAUGAAAAAGAUAAUAAUAUUAAUAAUUCAGCAAUUGAUAUGUUAAUGAAAUUUGGUGAUGUUAAAAGUGCUGAGAAUCUGUUUGAAGCAAUGAAGAGAAAAGAUAUUAUCACUUAUGGUGCUAUGAUGAAAGGAUAUGUUGAAAAUAAUAUGAAUGAAAAGGUAUUAGAUUUAUUUGAACAAAUACCUUUAAGUAUUAAUAAUGUCAUUUAUACAAUUAUUUUCAAUGCAUGUGCUCAACUUUGUAAUGAUCGAGCAAGACAAAUUGGAAGAAAACUUCUCGAUGAAAUGCCUAAGAAAUUUAUACAGAACAAUUAUAUUUAUAGUUCAGCAAUAGAUAUGUUAAUGAGAUUUGGUGAUGUUCAACGUGCUGAAGAUCUGUUUAAAAUGAUCGAAAAAAAGGAUAGUAUUAGUUAUGGAAUUAUGAUAAAUGGAUGUAAUAUAAAUAAUGAACCAUUAAAAAGUUUAGAACUAUUUGAAGAAAUGAAAGAAAGUGAUAUAAAUGUUGAUGUAACUGUAUUAAUCAAGAUAAUUGGUGCUUGUGCACGAAUUGGUAUGCUUUCAAUAUGUCAAUCAGUUGUUGCUCAAAUUCCUUUAGAUUUAUAUAAAAAUCGAUGGAUAUGCAAUUCGUUAAUUGAUAUGUGGGGAAAAGCUGGUUCAAUUAAAAAUGCUCAAGAGAUUUUUGAAUCAAUUGAUACACCUGAUAUUAUAACAUAUACUUCCAUGAUUAAUGCGUUUGGGCUUAAUCGAAUGGGUUUAGAAGCUACUGAUUUAUAUCGAAAAAUAUCUAAUAGUUUACAUGAUGAAAUUUUAUAUAUUUGUGUAUUGAAUGCAUGUUCUCAUUCGGGUCUUCUUUAUGAAGCUUAUUCAAUCUUCAAUGAGAUUCAUCAUAAAACAGCAAAAAUUAUUACUACAAUGAUUGAUUGUUUAAGUCGUCUUUUUUUAUUUGACGAAGCACAAAAAUUAAUCGAAGAUUAUGAGACAUCUAAUCCACCUUGUUCAGCUAUGUAUAUGGCUAUAUUAUCUGGUGCACGUAAUUCUCGUAAUUCUAUUGUAUCAGAAAAAAUCUAUGAAAGAAUGAAAUUAUUAUUUCAAAAUGAAAAAGAUACUUUAACGUCAGGUUCAAUUCUUUUAUCCAAUAUUUAUUCUUCAUUGGGACAACAUGAAGAAGCACAACAUAUUCGAUUAAAUCGAAUCAAACAAGUAGGAAAAAAGGUUCAACCUGGUUUAGCAUGGACUGAAAAGGAUGGUGAAAUAGCACAAUUUACAGCCCAUGAUCAAUCUCAUCGUCUAUCAAAAGAAAUUUAUGCUGAAGCUGAUCGUAUAUCAUGUGAACUUACUGAACAUGGGCAUAAAUCUGAUUCAAGCUGGAUCACCCGUCCAUUAGCUGAAACUGAAACAAUUCAAUCUGUUUUGUGUUCUCAUAGUGAAAGACUUGCAAUUGCCUUUCAUUUUAUUCAAGGAAGAAAACCAUCAUUUAUUCAAAUUACAGAAAAUCUUCGCGUUUGUGGUGAUUGUCAUCAAGCUACAAAAUUAAUUGCUAAAAUUCGCCAAGUAAAGAUUGUGGUUCGUGAUGCCAACUGUAUUCAUCAUUUUUCCACUAAUGGAACAUGUUCAUGUCAAGAUCAUUUCUAG